UUUUACCGCGGUAUUGGGGAUUACGCCAAGGAUUAAUUCCUAUGGUACUUCCAGGAAAAGUGCAGGUGUUUCCUUAAUGGCAUUGAUUUGUCAUUUCCAUAUAUUACACAGCAGCUAUUUAUCACAAUAUUCUAUCCUUACGCGUCAUUUCCUUGUAUUAUGUAUAAAUAAACUUAUUGAUAUUCUUCUUUACAUACAACAUAUCAUCUGUAAAUCAAAUUAGAUACCACUGAGCAUUUCCUUUGUUUCAAUCUAUAUCAUCUUGUUCUUGUAUUACUGUUGUUUCCUUGUUCAAUGACUACCAUUCUUCAAUCGAAUUUGCUUUGUUUUGAAUAUACAAUCCAAGUCCCUUCGGCCACCUUUACUAAAUCCAGAAAGAAAUGGCACUCCCUUUUCGCUACCAUCUAUUGUUCUAGAAAGUUUUCUUCUCUUAUUACCAAAACCGCAACCGCCAAUGAUGAAGCCAGAGUCGUUCAUCGAUCGCCGUCUCAUGUUUCGCUCGCUGUCAUGCAAGAAAACAGUCCCUUCCGAAUUGAUCAACCUACUCUCAUUGAGCUAGUGAAGGAGAAAAAGAUUGAGAAGUUACGGAAACAUGGUGGGGUUGAUGGUGUGGCUUCUGGUCUUGGGACCGACACUCAGGUAGGUGUCUCAGGUAGUGCCGAGGACAUUGAGCGUCGACAUGAGGCAUUCGGUUCCAAUACGUAUAAGAAACCGCCAACCAAGGGAUUUUUUCAUUUUGUGGUUGAAGCAUUUAAAGACCUUACUAUAAUGAUUCUUUUAGGGUGUGCAGCUCUGUCACUUGGGUUUGGAAUCAAAGAACAUGGCCUCAAAGACGGUUGGUAUGAUGGUGGAAGCAUUUUCGUAGCUGUGUUUCUUGUCAUUGGUGUUUCUGCUGUAAGUAACUAUAGGCAGAACAGACAAUUCGACAAGUUAUCGAAAGUCAGCAAUAAUAUUCAGGUUGAUGUUGUGAGAGGAGGUCGGCGACAACAGAUUUCUAUAUUUGAUAUCGUUGUUGGAGACAUUGUGUGCCUAAAGAUCGGAGAUCAGGUUCCGGCCGAUGGGUUGUUCACAGAUGGCCAUUCACUGCAAAUUGAUGAAUCGAGCAUGACUGGGGAAAGUGAUCAUGUUGAGGUAAAUGGCAGCCAAAAUCCAUUCUUAUUGUCAGGGACGAAGGUGGCUGAUGGAUACGCUCGGAUGCUUGUUACUUCGGUUGGCAUGAACACAACAUGGGGCCAAAUGAUGUGCCAAAUCAGCCGUGACACCAACGAUGAAACACCUUUACAAGCACGUUUAAACAAGCUGACCUCAUCAAUUGGUAAAGUUGGCUUAGCUGUUGCUUUCUUGGUUCUUGUCGUGUUGUUGGUCCGUUACUUCACAGGGCAUACAACGGAUGAGAACGGAAACCGGGAGUUCAAUGGAAGCAAGACAAAGAGUGAUGAUAUCAUAAAUGCUGUUGUGGGAAUUGUAGCUGCCGCUGUUACCAUUGUUGUCGUUGCAAUUCCAGAAGGACUACCAUUGGCUGUGACACUGACUUUGGCUUAUUCAAUGAAGAGAAUGAUGGCAGAUCAAGCAAUGGUGAGAAAGCUCUCUGCCUGUGAAACAAUGGGCUCGGCCACCACAAUUUGUACAGACAAAACAGGUACUCUCACACUCAACCGAAUGAAAGUUACGAAGUUUUGGCUCGGUCAGGAAUCUAUGGAAGAGGGAGCUUCCUCAAUUUCUCCAUUUGUUGUUGAUUUGAUCCAUCAAGGUGUUGCUUUAAACACUACUGGCAGUGUUUAUAGAGCUUCUCCAGGAACAGAAUAUGAAUUCUCAGGUAGUCCUACAGAAAAAGCAAUCCUUUCAUGGGCUGUGGUGGAACUGAAGAUGGAUAUGGAGAAAACAAAGAAAUGUUGUGCAGUACUUCAAGUUGAAGCCUUCAAUUCUCAGAAAAAAAGAAGUGGUGUUUUGAUUGGAAGGAAUGAUGAUGACACUGUCCAUGUUCACUGGAAAGGAGCUGCUGAGAUGAUUCUAGCACUGUGUUCAAGCUACUACGAUGCUUCAGGAGUUGAAAAAGAUCUAGAUGAUGACGAAAGGAUGAAAUUCGAGCAAAUUAUUCAAGGCAUGGCAGCCAGCAGCCUCAGGUGCAUUGCUUUUGCCCAUAAACAAGUUCCAGAAGAAGAGUACCAAAAUUUAAAGGAGCAGAAAAAGCUUAAAGAAGACAACUUGACCCUGUUAGGAUUGGUGGGUAUAAAGGAUCCAUGCAGACCUGGAGUGAAGAAAGCAGUGGAAGAUUGCCAAUAUGCUGGAGUAAACAUCAAAAUGAUCACUGGUGACAAUGUUUUCACUGCAAGAGCCAUAGCUACCGAAUGUGGGAUUCUGAAGCCAGGUCAGGACUUGUCUAGUGGUGCAGUCGUAGAAGGUGAGGAAUUCAGAAACUAUACACCACAAGAAAGGAUGGAGAAAGUUGAGAAAAUCCAAGUCAUGGCAAGAUCCUCUCCCUUUGAUAAACUUCUCAUGGUGCAAUGCUUGAAACAGAAAGGGCAUGUAGUUGCAGUCACUGGGGAUGGCACAAAUGAUGCACCAGCACUCAAGGAAGCAGAUAUUGGUCUAUCAAUGGGAAUUCAAGGCACUGAAGUUGCGAAAGAGAGUUCGGAUAUCGUCAUCUUGGAUGAUAAUUUCGCUUCGGUUGCCACAGUCUUGAGGUGGGGAAGAUGCGUUUAUACCAACAUCCAGAAAUUCAUUCAAUUCCAGCUCACAGUUAAUGUAGCAGCACUUUGUAUCAACUUCGUAGCAGCAGUAUCAGCAGGUGAAGUCCCUCUAACAGCAGUCCAGUUAUUAUGGGUGAACUUAAUCAUGGACACAUUAGGUGCUUUGGCUCUAGCCACCGAGCGGCCUACAAAGGAGUUGAUGGAGAAACCACCCGUCGGUCGAACUGAGCCACUUAUCACAAACAUCAUGUGGAGGAACCUACUAGCUCAAGCUCUAUACCAAGUAGCCAUACUCCUUACCUUACAAUUCAGCGGUGAAUCAAUCUUGGGGGUGACAGAGAAGGUAAACGACACAUUGAUCUUCAAUAUUUUCGUAUUCUGCCAAGUCUUCAACGAAUUCAACGCAAGGAAGUUGGAGAAGAAGAACGUAUUCGAGGGCAUACACAAGAACAAGCUGUUCAUAGGAAUCAUCGGGGUAACCAUUCUUCUUCAAGUGGUGAUGGUAGAGUUUCUGAAACGGUUUGCAGAUACAGAGAGGUUGAGUUGGGGACAAUGGGGAGCAUGCAUAGCCGUUGCAGCUGUUUCUUGGCCACUUGGUUGGGUUGUCAAGUGCUUACCUGUUCCACAGAAACCCAUUUUCAGCUAUCUCAAAUGGUGGAAAUAGAAUCUUCAUAGGUCACAAUUCCAAAUCAUUGAUAUUCAUAUUCUUUUCUUGUAUUUAAGAUUGAAUUAUUUUGUAGUUACAUAACCUUUACAGAUUACAGAGAUGAUUCUUUAUUCGUUAAUUAAAUAGUACAAUCAUUUUUUAAA